AUGACAAAGGGCAAGGGCCGUAAUCCCGGUAUGGGAAAUCUGGACAAGCACGUCAAACGCAAGGUGCACAAGGAACGAUCGCAACCUGCAGCUCGGAAGCACCUUGGCCCACUUGAGAAACACAAGGAUCAUGUGGUGCGCUCGCGUAGGCGAAAGGCGAAGGUGCAGCGGCUACUUGAGCUGAAGCGGGCUGCGGCGCAACGUAAUCCUGACGAGUUCCACAUUAAUAUGACCAAAACUGUUUUGGAUGUCGAAUCGGGUAAAAUGAGGCGUCGACGCCUGUCAAAGGAAGAUAACCGUAAGAAGAUGGAGAAGACUUUGCGGCACAACACUCGCAACUUGCAUUACCUCAAGUAUAAAGCGCAUGCAGACUGGAGCCGCGCAAAGGAGCUGAUUGAAGAGGAUGCAUUGGGGGCACUUACGGCAGCACCGCCUAAGAAUAAACACAUAAUCUUUGCAGAAGACGAAGACGAGUACCAUCACUUCAAUCCUCUCAAGCAACUUGACGCGACACCGGAGAUGCUCAAGCAGCAUCCCGCCGUGCGCGGGAGACUCUCAGUUCUACGUGAAACUGUGUUACCUGAAGAAAUACUCUUGUCGGGAUAUCGAAUGCUGUCGACAGCGCAGAAGCGGAAGGAACGUCGUGAGAUACAGAGGAAAUUACAAAAAAGUGGUCUCAAAAGUGAAGAAGAACGAGCGGAGUUCGUGAAGCGACUCCAUGCAAAGAAAGAGGUGAAAAUGCACCGGUUUUCUUCCCUUGUAGCAAACGCACUUGAAUCUACAGACGCUGAGGCUGAGGGCGAAGAUGCUGAUGAUCCCUGCGACGUGGAUCGCCUCCUCGAGUACAAAAAGAUUAAAGAGAAGGAGGAAGCCCUAUUAGCAGCAAGCCGCGUUAAGGAGAUUCAGCAACGCGUGCACCGCAGUAAAAAGCUUGAUACCCUGGCAAGGGCGAUUAAGAAGCAGAACGAUGGUAUUCGGUGCUCGUUAGAAAAUAAGCGCAACGCCCGGUUUAAGCCAAAUUCUAAGCGACGCGCUCGUUAA